AUGGCCCCGUCAGCCACAAGCCCCAGUGCAUAUGGCACAUCCAACGGAGUCCACGAGGAUUCGAGAGCUCCUACUAACGGAUACACCAACGGGCAUACCAAUGGCCAUACCAAUGGACAUACAAACGGAUUCACUAAUGGCUCUUCACACACCAAUGGCAACUCUGAGCCAAAUGGGCAUCAUGCUCAACCCUUCGGACAGACCAACGGUCAUCGAGUUGGUCAAACCAAUGGCCUCAGCAACGGCCUCAGCAAUGGAGACUCAAACGGCGUGAAUGGGGGCCAUACGUCACUACCUAAAGAGAAGCCGAUGCCUAUUGCCAUUGUUGGUAUGUCUUGUAGGCUACCGGGCAGCGUAGCAAGUCCAGCCGAGUUCUGGGAACUAUGUGCUAGAGCUCGAACUGGCUACUCAGAGAUACCAAAGGAACGGUUUAACACCGCCAGCUUCUAUCACCCGAAUCCGGGGAAAGCUGGCUCCCACAACCCUGUUGGUGGCCACUUUCUGAACACAGACCUACAAGCAUUCGACGCCCCUUUUUUCAGUUUAACGGAGAAGGAGGCUAUCUCUAUGGACCCGCAACAACGCCUGCUCUUGGAAUGCACGUUCGAAGCGCUCGAAAACGCGGGUAUUCCCAAGCACAAGAUCAUUGGCAAGGAUGUCGGAGUCUUUGUUGGCGGAUCAUUCCCCGAAUACGAAUCUCAUUUGUUCAGAGAUUCAGACACUAUUCCUAUGCAUCAAGCUACCGGUUGCGCGUACGCCAUGCAAUCUAAUAGAUUAUCGCAUUUCUUUGAUCUUCGCGGGCCCAGUUUUACUACAGAUACGGCAUGUUCUUCAAGUUUGGUCGCACUGCAUGUGGCUUGUCAGAGCUUACGUGCGGGUGAAUCGGGCAUGGCAAUAGUUGGUGGUUGUCAUUUGAAUAUGCUCCCGGAGUUUUGGAUAUCCUUUUCUAAGUCGAGACUCUUUUCGGAUUCAGGUCGAUCAUUUUCCUUCGAUAGUAGAGGUACGGGAUUUGGUCGUGGUGAGGGGUGUGGUAUGGUAAUCCUCAAGCCUCUCGAUCAGGCUCGCAGAGACAACGAUCAAAUCCGAGCAAUCAUUGCCGGAAGCGGGAUCAACCAGGACGGAAAAACUCCCGGUAUUACUAUGCCCUCCGGCGAGGCGCAAGAAAUAUUGAUGCGCCAAGUAUAUACCAACGCUGGACUCGACCCCGCUGAUUGUGGCUUCGUGGAGGCACACGGAACGGGAACUAGAGUUGGUGACCCAAUCGAAGCCACCGCAAUUCAUAAUGUAUUGGGUGCCGGGAGGUCUCCGAGAGACCCCCUUUUCAUCGGAUCUGUCAAAUCCAAUAUCGGCCAUCUUGAGGGAGCUUCUGGAAUUGUUGCAAUUAUCAAGUCUGCUCUCAUGUUAGAGCGAGGUUUCAUUUUGCCUAAUUAUGACUUCAAAUACCCCAAUGAGAAGAUUCCUUGGAAGGAGUGGAAUUUCAAGGUACCCAUUACCCAACGCCCUUGGCCGCGGAAUAAGAAAUACAUCAGUGUCAACAACUUUGGGUUUGGCGGUACCAAUGCUCAUGUCGUCCUUGAAAAAGUCCCUUUCACGCAAAAGGGCUCUAAGAACGAUGCCGAUCUUAAGAACGACAACCCUGGGAGGAAACUCUUCCCAGUCACUGCGAAUGACAAAAACACACUAGAGGCAGUUCUGAAGAGUCUGAUUAUCUACUUGGAGCAAAGACCUGAGAUGUUCCAAAAGGACUUAAUGUCUGACGUUGCUUACACUCUGGGUCAACGACGAUCUCUGCUACAAUAUCGGGUGGCAAUUCCCGCGCUUAGGUCGUUUGACUUCAUCGAUGCUAUCAACAACCAGAGAAUUACCCCCGGUAAGGAGGUCGACCCGUUAAGGAUCGGAUUCAUCUUUACUGGACAAGGUGCGCAGUGGUAUGGUAUGGGCCGUGAGCUCUACGACCAAUAUCCCGUAUUCGCACAUGCAAUUGACUAUGCGGAUGCUUGUUUGAGCACGUUGGGUGCUUCUUGGUCUCUCGUGGAAGAAUUAAGCAAAGAUGAGAAGACUUCUGCCGUCGGAGCGGCUCAUAUUAGCCAGCCAUCUUGCACUGCUAUUCAAUUGGCCUUAGUUGAUCUUAUGCGAUCAUGGAAUAUUUUACCCACUGCAGUGGCUGGUCAUUCCAGUGGAGAAAUCGGUGCGGCCUAUGCCGCGGGUAUCCUAACCUUCGAGGCAUGUGUCUCUAUCGCUUACCACAGGGGCCGUCUCAUCCCUGUCUUAAAAGAGAAAUACCCUGAUUUGAAAGGCUCCAUGAUGGCUGUUGGAGGUAGCAAAGAAGAGUUCGAGCCUCUACUUUCGGAUCUCAAAGAUGGUGUAGUGAAGAUCGCGUGCUAUAACAGCCCUAGCAGUCUUACUAUCUCAGGUGACGAGGCUGGUAUUGAUGAGUUGAAGAAGGUUGUUGAAGAGAAGCAACUCUUCAACAGGAAACUUUUUGUUGACACUGCUUAUCAUUCACACCACAUGAAUCUACUCGCAAAGGAUUACCAGGCAUCCAUUGAUCAGCUUGAAGGACCAAUUUCGACUGACGUCAGAUUCCAUUCCUCACUCCUGGGCCGACGUAUUGACGGCACUGAACUCGAAGCAUCAUACUGGGUACAGAACCUUACUUGCCCAGUCAGGUUCAACGAGGCAGUACAGACCAUGCUUGAGCCUAUUGAUGGCCAUAGAACAGGUGUCAACAUGCUUGUUGAACUUGGACCUCACUCUGCGCUCCAGGGACCCCUUAAGCAGAUCCUUAAGACGGUAGGUGGCGAUGCAGCUAAGAUCCCUUAUGCUUCUGCCCUCGCACGAAAGAAGGAUGCUGUAGAGACUGCCCUUGAUGUUGCUGCUACCCUCUUUGCUAAGGGAGCUCCAAUUGACUUUGAAGCCAUCAACUUCCCUAAGCAGGGCAAGCCGCCAAUGUUAUUAAGCGACUUACCUCGUUACCCCUGGAACUAUUCAUCCAAGUACUGGCACGAAUCCCGCAUGACAGAUCUACACAAGAACAGAACCGCUCCCCGCAAUGAUAUCCUCGGCACUCUCGCCAACUACUCUAAUGAACUUGAACCUACGUGGAGGAAUAUUGUUCGCCUCGAUGACUUGCCUUGGCUGCAACAUCACAGGGUCCAAUCCCUGACAAUCUUCCCCUUCUCAGGCUAUAUAUCAAUGGCUGUCGAAGCAACAGCUCAGCGAGCAAAGGGCGCACACGUGAACUUUGAUAAGUUUGAGCUCCGUGAUGUAUCUGUUCUUGCACCAUUGGUUAUACCCGAUGAGGAUGUCGAGAUGACGACUACCCUCCGGCCACAUCAAGAGGGUACUUUAGUCUCAUCAGAAGUGUGGGAUGAGUUCCGUAUCUGCUCGUGGACAAAGAGCAAGGGGUGGAAGGAACAUUGCAAGGGAUUAAUUGCUGUUCAAACUCACGAAUCGAACGGUGUGGAUGAUGCCAGACAGAAUUUGGCGUCACGAAUCCAUCUCCAGUCAACCAUUUCUGACAUCAACGCUGCCGCGUCUUCGUCUAUUGAAAUGGAAAAGCUGUACGACAACCUCUCUGAGGUUGGUGUCGCCUAUGGCCCUACCUUCCAAGGAGUAACCAACUGCAAGGCCUCUAGUUCCUGCUCGCGAGCCGACCUCCUUGUUCCCGACGUGGCCAAGGAGAUGCCUAACCACUACCUAACCGACACUAUAAUUCAACCGUCAUUCCUUGAAUCCCUCAUCUCCAUGUACUGGCCAAUUGCUAGCUCAGACAACUCAUCCCCAGACACCAUAUACCUACCCUCAUCGGUCUCAAGCGUCUCCAUCUCGACGGAAGUCAUCGAGAUCAGCAAGACACCCGGGAAGGCCGUCAAAGCGUAUUGUCUUGGAUCCCUACCAACGGAUAGCCCCAGGCCAACAAAGAUGAACAUGUUCAUUGCCGGUCCUAAUGCGUCGGAACCUGUCAUCAAGCUGGAUGGUCUUACCAUUGCCCCUAUACUAGAGCGCGACGGAGAGGCUGACCAGGAGGCUCACCUGGACUCUGACAGCUCAUCGUCGGAAUGGGUACCUGUCGAAGACUGCCAACUACCCGACUCAGACAUUGAGAUUGUAUAUGGAGUGGGUAGCCUUCAGGCACAAAUAGCUUUCAGCUUAGCUGAGGCCUUACAACGAAUCACUGGCAAAUUACCUACCACGAGUACUCUUCUAGAGGCACAGGCCGAGAACAAACUUCUCAUCUUCCUCUCUGAGAUUGACAAGCCGCUCUUAUCGCAGCUGAAGGCUGAUGAAUUCACCGCUCUUCAAAAGAUGCUCACCUCUGUGCAAGGCGCCUUGUGGGUUGUCCGUGGCGCUUACGACAACUCUACUUCUCCAGACCUCAACAUGAUUCUUGGUCUUAGCCGAACCAUCCGCUCAGAAACUCUACUACCAUUCUCCACAUUAGACCUCGAUGGACGGAACCAACUAUCGACCGAGCAGGUGACCGAAGCCGUUCUCAAGAUCUUCACCGCAGUCUUCGGCAAGAGCAGCGCCUUGAAUGGCGAGCUUGAGUUCCAGGAGAGGAACGGAUCAUUCUUCACCCCGCGAAUCAUCAACGAUCAGGUGAUGAACGAGAUCGUCCACAGAGAAACUAAACCCUCUGCUCUUCAGCAAACACCAUUUGGUGAGUCAGACCGACAACUAAAGAUGGCUAUCACAGACGCGGGUGCGCUUGAGACACUUCACUUUAUCGACGACCUGGUUGCCGAGGCACCCCUCAAUGGCGAAGACAUCGAGUUCAAGGUCCACGCCGUCGGUGUUAAUCACAGAGAUCUCACAGCUGCCCACGGCAAACUCGCGACGCACGACUUUGGUGUAGAAGCCAGUGGUGUGGUCACCGCCAUAGGGAAGGACGUCAGGAACAUCCAGGUUGGCGACCGAGUUGCAGCUAUUACCAAAGGCGCCUUUGCCACGUCAACCCGUACCAAGGCUACCUUUGCAUUCAAGCUUCCAUCGGACAUGCAGUUCGAAGAGGGUGCAACACUCCCUCUCGCUUACAGCACCGCCUACUAUUCUCUUAUCGAACUUGGGCGACUGGCCGAAGACGAGACUGUUCUAAUCCAUGCCGCCGCCGGUGCCGUUGGUCAAGCUGCUAUCGCGCUUGCUCAGAUGGUCGGCGCCAAGGUAUUUGCUACCGUAGGCAGCACUGAGAAGAAGGAAUUCCUCAUCAACGAGUACCACAUACCUGAAGACCGCAUCUUCUACAGCAGGAACCUAUCUUUUGGCAAUGCUGUACGCCAAGCCACCGGUAACAUUGGUGUUGAUGUAGUACUGAACUGCCUCACCGGUGACGGUCUACGUGAGAGCUGGAGCAGCCUCAACAAGUUCGGACGUUUAAUCGACAUCGGUGCUCGGGACACUAACACCAGCACAAGACUGGAGAUGACCCAGUUCGACAACAACGCCAGCUUCAUGACCGUCGAUAUCAUGGCAAUCGCUGCUGAGCGACCUAAGCUGCUACAAAGACUCCUCUCCGAUGUAUCCAAGUUGAUGCGAUACAACAAGAUCCGCCCCAUCUCCCCCGUCACCGUAUUCCCCAUCUCCGAGGUAGAGUCCGCAUUCAAGACGCUUCACGGCGCCAAGGCUCACGGCAAGCUCGUCGUCGUACCACAUGCACAUGAUGUCGUCAAAGCAACGCCUCCCCGUAAACCUGCCCAGCUGCUCAAGGCUGAUGCUUCAUACAUCCUCAUCGGCGGUACCGGUGGGCUUGGUCGAAGCAUGGCCCGAUGGAUGGUCAGCCGAGGCGCUCGACACUUGGUUCUAGUCUCACGAAGUGGCAGCGCAACGGGCAAGGUCAAGGAAUUAAUUGAAGAAGCGGCCUCCGCUGGUGCAGAAAUCGUUGUGCGCCGCGCUGACGUGGCUAACGCUGCAUCUGUUGAAGAGUUAAUUCAGCACGGUCUAGAGGGCUUGCCUCCUGUCAGGGGUGUAAUCCACGGUGCCAUGGUCCUUAACGAUGUUCUAUUCGAGAAGAUGACCUAUGACCAAUACACCACCGUCAUCGAGUCCAAAGUCCAAGGAGCCUGGAACUUCCACAACGCCCUCGCCAGCACACCCCUAGACUUCUUCGUCGCCAUCUCAUCCGUGGCCGGCGCCGUCGGCAACAGAGGUCAAGCCGCCUACGCGGCCGCCAACUGCUUCCUCAACGCCUUCGUCCAAUACCGCCUAGCCCAAGGCCUACCCGCGUCAUCGUUAGACUUGACAGCUAUCUCCGACUCCGGCUACCUGGCCGAGGAUCUCGAGAAGGCCGCCGAAGUCGCCAAGAACCUCGGCAGCGACACCAUCUGCGAAGCCGAAGUCCUCGCUCUCCUCGGCGCCGCUAUCAACGGCAACCUGGCCACCGCCUGCAACAACCACACCAUCACCGGCAUGCGCAUCACCCCCAGCAUGCAGCCCUUCUGGACCCCCGACGCGAAAUGCAAGCACCUGCGCGAAGCCAUGGAAGCAGCCGCAGCCGCCGACGCCGCCGCCUCGGGCAGCACCAAGGCGAUAUCGUACAACGCGGUCGUGAAAGCGGCCAAGACGCUCGAGGAAGCCGAAGCAGUCGUCUGCGACGGGCUCGUGCACAAGCUCGCCGCGGUGAUGAUGAUGGAGCUCGAAGACCUCGACGUGACGCGCUCGCUGUCGCACUACCCGCUAGACUCGCUCGUCGCCAUCGAGAUCCGCAACUUCAUCACCCGCGAGUUCGAGGCCACCCUCCAGGUCCUCGAGUUGCUGUCCAGCGGCUCCAUUCAGACGCUGUCCAAGGCUGUCUGCGUCAAGAGCAAGUUGGUUAACUUCUAG